AUGGCUAAUGUUCGAAUAUUUGCCUUUUUAUUGGUUCUCUUAAUUAUUGUCAAUUGUGCUUUAGUUCAAGCACAAGACUUUGAUGAUAUUCUUCAUCGUGAAAAAAGAUUAUUUACUUGCGCUAAAAUGGGCAAAAAGUGUUCCGGUGUUUUGAGUAAAUCGUGUUGUGGCGGUUUAGUAUGCAAUAGAACAUCAGGCAAAUGUGUACGUAAAGGUUCAGGAACUUCGUGGCUCAGCGAUCGAAAUGGAAAAUAA